AGCCCAGCACCAGCCAUGGGAAGAGCCACACAGCAAACCCUCACUGCUUUACUCUGCAUAGCAGUAGCAGUUUGCACGGGUGAGGACAGCUGUCCAGAAGUGAGGAUAGUAGGUCUCAGUGGUUCUGACAAACUUGCUGUUCUCCAAGGAUGCCCUGGGAUGGCUGGGGCCUCAGGACCCAAAGGAGAACCUGGAUCUGCAGGAAUGAAAGGAGAGAGAGGUGCUGAGGGGUUCCGUGGAAAGGCAGGACCAGCUGGGGAGAAAGGAGAAAAAGGAAUCCCUGGGACACCAGCAACUAUUGGUGCCAAGAACUGCAAGGAGCUGUUAGCCAGAGGGCACGUUAUGAGCGGCUGGUACACCAUCUACCCCAGAGGCUGCGCUGCCAUGACUGUGCUGUGUGACAUGGACACAGAUGGUGGGGGAUGGAUUGUUUUCCAGAGACGGGUGGAUGGGUCGGUGGAUUUUCACCGUAACUGGGAUUUGUACAAGAGAGGUUUUGGCAACCAGCUGACAGAAUUUUGGUUGGGAAAUGACAAUAUUCACCUGCUGACAUCACUUGGAAAUAAUGAGCUGCGCAUCGACCUCGGAGACUUCGAAAACAAGAAAUAUUUUGCCGAGUACAAGUCCUUCAACAUUUUGGGGGAAUCUGAGAAAUACAAACUGAUUCUAGGGGAUAGGGUGGCAGGUGAUGCAGGAGAUUCAUUAACUUACCAGAAGAACAGAAAGUUUUCAACCCCAGAGCACGACAACGAUCUGGAUCCUGGUAACUGUGCAAAAACCUUCGAAGGAGGCUGGUGGUUCAAUAGCUGCCAUCACUCCCACCUGAAUGGGGUGUAUUUACGAGGAGCCCAUAAGCGCCCUGGUCAUGGUGUGCUCUGGAACAAGGGUAUUGGAAACGAAUAUUCCUACAAGUUCUCUGAAAUGAAAUUCAGGCCUCUUUCGUAG